CCGUCAGUGUGGCGCCACAGCCGCCGCGUGAGUGAGGAAGCACCGCCUCCACUCGCCGCUCUACGCCGUCAAAUUCCCUCGCCAGUCGCGUUCUCGUCACCUCUACGCCCCUCGUGCGGGUCGUCCCUGUUUCUCCACAUCCCUAAACCUCUGUGUCCUGCCCAGGGCUGCCAAGCUUCUCGCGACGCGGCGGGAGCACGAGUGACCCCGAACUCGAGUGGUGCGUGAGGCUCCGUGCGGGUCCCCGUCAGCGGCGGGCAUGAGGCGGCCUCCUGUGGUGCUCUAACAUGAGGAAGCGGAAAAAACUGUCCGUCAGAGGCUCCACAAGUCUGUGUAGCGGGUGUGUGGCGGCGCGGGCGUGUAGCGCGGGUGUGGGUUUUCCGCGCAUCAGCGUGGACUCCUUCUGGAGGUGUAAGGCUACGCCCGUAACGUGCUGCGUGAGGGCGUGAGAUCGUGCGGGACGCCCAAGGGCAGCCCGUGCGGCGUGUGUAGGUGUGCAGGUGUGCAGGACUGGGCCAGGACGCGAGGUAAACACUAGCGGAGUCGGAGAUCGAUACGCUUGUAUUGUUGAAGAGCGAGUAGUGGCCACAGACGGCUGGCAGCUCCUCGCGGCGGCGGCGGCAGCCCUCCCCCUCACCGCCGCCUCUAGCAGCAUCGACCCGGCCCUUUCUGGCUACCUGCUGCCCCUCAACCACCUGUGGCCCGCUGCUGCUCCUCCCACCUGUGCCAGCUGCCAGGUGGAGAGAGGUCAGGGACGAGUCAGGCGUGAGAGCGACCCGGCGGCUGGCGACAGCUGGGCCAGCACGGUCCCGCCCCGGUCCUUCCUUCCCGGUGUUUGUUGGUGUCCGUGUGUCCGUGUUGUGUCCCCUCGUGGCCCAGUGCCCCGAGCCUCCGCCCGGCCAUCGACCAUGCUCGCACCAGCUGUCACAGAGGCCCCUGGGACUCUGCUCCCCGCCCCCUUCCAUAGGCUGGCGACAGGAGGCGGCAGGCAGGCGGCCUGUGGCUCAUCCAAUGCCAUCUCCCGCGGCGGAGGAUGCUAGGACGGGCCAGGUUGCCGAGGACUCCUCAGGGCCACAGGGCCAACAAGUGAGGCACCGUGUCCCCGGCCGACGCUAUGGUCACUUAGUGUGGCGCGGCUCAGCGGGGUCGUGGCGGGUCGUGACCAGGGCACGCACACAGGCUGCUGACCUGACCUGACCCGCUCAUCAGUACACCCAGACUGUCUCCUGUCAGGCACUGCCGGAUUGAGAUAAAGCAACAGGGUGAAACAGAGAGAGAGAGAGAGAGAGAGAGAAAGAGAUAAAGAUAGAGAUAGCGAGAGGAGAGUGAGAGAGACAGAAAGAGAGGAGAAAGAAACGUACCUACCACAGGACCAAGCAGUGAGGUGGAUUGGUGCACAUUCCCCACACGGAACACUGUCUCGCCGCGCCUCGUCAGCGUUGCCGUGGCCGCCACAGGGACGUGCAUCGUCGCCACCCACCACCACCACCACCACCACCAUGAUGACCGCGUCGCGAAGGACCCACCAGAGGUCGUACUCAGAUGACCUCACCUCGGCUGCGACCCCGACCUCGGCCGAGGCUCCCCUCUCACCCCCCUUCUCCCCAGCCACCUUUCAGUCCUCACCGCCCCCAUCCCCAGCGACCUUGCAGGCGAGAGGUGGCGAGGUCGGGGCGUCCCUUGGGUCCGCUGCGGGGGGUGACAGACCGCUCUCGUCGGCGUGGCAGGCUGCGUUAAGCGGUGCCACCUCCAUGACGCAGGGCCAGGUAGAUGGUGCCCCCGCCGCUCCCCCUCAGCCUCCCGCCGUGCCCGCCCCCGCUGGGCCCCCCACUGCCGAGGCUCCUACGCACGAGCGGAAGAGGCCGCCCCCCCGUCGGCCAGUGGGAAAACCCCCGGAAAAUAGGCCAGUGCGCGCCCUCUUCUGUUUGGGCCUCAAGAAUCCUCUGAGGAAACUUUGCAUUGACUUGGUAGAAUGGAAGCCCUUCGAGUGGUUCAUCCUGGUGACCAUCUUCGCCAACUGCGUGGCGUUGGCGGUCUACACGCCCUACCCCAACUCAGACUCCAACUCCGUCAACGACACACUGGAACGAAUCGAGAUCAUCUUCAUGGUGAUCUUCACGCUAGAAUGCUUCAUGAAGAUCAUAGCGUACGGGUUCAUCCUGCACCCGGGGGCGUACAUCCGGAGUGUAUGGAACACCCUCGACUUCCUCAUCGUGGUCAUCGGGUUGGUGAGCAGUGCCCUAGACAUCACGAUGCAGGGCAAGGGAGGGGAAGCCAACUUCGACGUCAAAGCCCUUCGAGCCUUCAGGGUCCUGCGGCCGCUCAGACUGGUGUCUGGCGUACCAAGCCUGCAGGUUGUGCUGAACUCCAUCCUGAAGGCUAUGGUGCCACUGCUCAACAUCGCACUCCUUGUUAUGUUUGUCAUCAUCAUCUACGCCAUCGUUGGACUGGAGCUUUUCUCUGGCAAGCUUCACUUCACCUGCUACAAUAAUGAGACAGGCAGCAGGAUGGAGUCACCACAUCCCUGCGACAAUGACACUGACGGUGGCGGAUUCAACUGCUCCAUGCUCAAUUCUGACGGGCAGUUCUUUGUGUGUCGAGACGGGUGGGAAGGACCCAACUACGGCAUCACCAACUUUGACAAUUUUGGGCUGGCUAUGCUCACCGUGUUCCAGUGCAUCACUAUGGAAGGCUGGACUGAUAUGAUGUACUAUAUUGCAGAUGCCAUGGGUAACAGCUGGCAGUGGAUCUUUUUUGUGUCCAUGAUCAUCCUUGGUGCAUUCUUUGUGAUGAACCUCAUUCUUGGUGUCCUCAGUGGAGAGUUCUCAAAGGAAAGAGAGAAAGCCAAAGCUCGUGGAGACUUCAGAAAACUCAGAGAGAAGCAGCAAAUUGAGGAGGACCUUCGGGGUUACCUGGAGUGGAUCACACAUGCUGAGGACCUCGACUUGGAGGAGAAAGACGAUAAGAAGGAGUCAGACGACGGGCGCCGUUUAGUGCUGCCGGGCACCAGCAACCGUGGAGCCAUGUCCGUGGCCUCCCCAACCUCCCUUCUGCUCUUCUUGCCUCUCUUCUCUAUGCGUAACUCCAAAGCUGUGGAAGUUGACACAGACAAAGGGGAGGAGAAUGAUGAGGCACAGCAGCCCUCCUGGUGGCAGAAAAAGAAGAGAGGAUUUGACCGCUUCGUGAAGGGGACAAUUGGAAUCAACCGGCGGGCACGGAGAGCGUGUCGCAAGGCGGUCAAGUCACAGGCCUUCUACUGGCUCAUUAUUGUCCUCGUCUUCCUCAACACGGCAGUCCUGGCCAGUGAACACUAUCGCCAGCCUGACUGGCUCAGUCAGUUCCAAGAUUAUACAAAUCUUUUCUUUGUGGUGCUGUUUACUUGUGAAAUGUUGUUAAAAAUGUACAGUUUAGGCUUCCAAGGCUACUUUGUAUCGUUGUUCAACCGUUUUGACUGCUUCGUGGUGAUCAGUAGCAUCACCGAGGUCGUCCUCACCUCCACAGAGAUCAUGCCACCCCUUGGGGUGUCUGUGCUCCGCUGUGUCAGACUCUUGAGAGUCUUCAAGGUCACUAAAUAUUGGCGGUCACUCUCGAACCUUGUGGCGUCACUUCUCAACUCCAUCCAGUCCAUUGCCUCUCUGCUGCUCCUCCUCUUCCUCUUCAUCAUUAUCUUUGCGCUGCUCGGCAUGCAAGUGUUCGGUGGCAAGUUUAACUUUAAUGCCACAGAGGAAAAACCACGUCACAACUUUGAUAAUUUUGUGCAGGCGAUGCUGACGGUGUUUCAGAUCCUGACUGGAGAGGACUGGAAUGUGGUGAUGUAUGAUGGCAUUCGGGCGUACGGUGGAGUGGCCACGCCUGGAAUCAUUGCCUGCGUCUACUUCAUCAUCCUCUUCAUCUGUGGCAACUAUAUCCUGCUCAAUGUAUUCUUGGCCAUCGCUGUCGACAAUCUUGCUGAUGCUGAUGCGCUGGGAGAUGCAGAAGAGGAGGAGGCUAAGGAAGGGGAGGAGCAGAAUGGAGGAGAGCAAGUGGAAGAAGGUAACAAAAUGGCAGGUGAAGGAGAAGAGGGAAUAGAAGAGGAAGAAAAAACAGCACUUAACCACAUAGCCAUAAGCAGAGAUGGAGAUACAGCAAGCCACACAAAGGUUAACCUAGAGGAGGAAGGUGAAGAGGGAGAGAAGUAUGACGAAUAUGAGGAGGAGGAGGGAGAGGGGGACUAUGGGGAGACGGAAGGAGAGACUGGAGAGAUGGUCCCGGCGCGUAGAGCUUCGCAAAGUGAAAACGGCCCCACUAAAGCUCAACCAAUACCAAAAUACUCUUCUUUCUUCAUAUUUUCCCAUACCAACAGGUUUCGUGUCUUCUGCCACUGGAUUUGCAACCACAGUCUCUUCAGUAAUGUCAUCCUUGUCUGUAUUCUCAUCUCUUCUGGUAUGUUGGCUGCUGAGGACCCUCUGCGUUCAGACUCCCAGCAUAAUACUAUCCUGAACUACUUUGACAUCUUCUUCACCUCGGUCUUUACGGUGGAGAUCUUCCUCAAGAUGGUGGCAUACGGCUUCAUCCUUCACAAGGGGGCCUUCCUGCGCUCAGCCUUCAAUGGGCUUGACCUCCUGGUGGUGGCCGUGUCCCUCAUAUCAUUCUCCUUCAACCGCGACCUCACCACCAGGGAUGGUGCCAUCUCCGUAGUGAAGAUUCUCCGUGUGCUGCGUGUGCUCAGACCGCUGCGUGCCAUCAACAGAGCCAAGGGUCUCAAGCAUGUAGUUCAGUGCGUCAUAGUGGCCAUUAAGACCAUCGGCAACAUCAUGCUGGUCACCUGUCUGCUGGAGUUCAUGUUUGCUGUUAUUGGAGUCCAGUUGUUCAAGGGCAAGUUCUUCAGUUGCAAUGAUAGUUCGAAAUCAGACGAGGCCGGGUGUCAAGGCCAGUUCAUUGUGUACCACGAUGGAGACAUUACAAAGCCUAUGGUGGAGAAGAGAACGUGGGAGAGGAACUCCUUCCACUUUGACAAUGUAGCCAAGGCCAUGCUCACUCUCUUCACCGUGUCCACCUUUGAGGGCUGGCCUGGACUGCUGUACGUGUCCAUAGACUCCAACACGGAGGACAUUGGGCCAGCGCACAAUUUCCGGCCCCUAGUGGCGGUCUACUACAUCAUCUACAUCAUCAUCAUUGCCUUCUUCAUGGUCAACAUCUUCGUAGGUUUUGUUAUCGUUACGUUCCAAAAUGAGGGUGAACAGGAGUACAAGAACUGCUGCCUUGACAAGAACCAGCGGAACUGCAUUGAAUUUGCCCUGAAAGCAAAGCCAGUGCGACGCUACAUCCCCAAGAACCGCUUCCAGUACAAGAUCUGGUGGUUUGUCACAUCCCAGCCCUUUGAGUACGCCAUCUUUGUGCUCAUCAUGCUCAAUACCGUCUCACUGGCCAUGAAGUUCCGAGGGGAGCCGGAAAUAUACACCCAUGCACUGGAUAUUCUCAACCUCAUCUUCACUGCUGUGUUUGCCCUUGAGUUUGUCCUCAAAAUCAUGGCUUUCAGAUUCAAGUAUUACUUUGGAGACGCGUGGAAUGUCUUUGAUUUCAUCAUUGUACUCGGCAGCUUUAUUGAUAUCGUCUACUCCGAGGUCAAUAAACUAGUGAGCAAUCAGGCGCAGGCAGCAGCUGAGAGCAUGGGCCACGAGUACUACAGGACCAGAAAGCAAGAGAGCCCACCGGAUUGGCCGGGCUCUAAUCUCUUCUCCAUCAACUUCUUCCGUCUGUUUCGUGUGAUGCGUCUGGUCAAGCUGCUGUCCAAGGGAGAGGGUAUCCGCACUCUCCUGUGGACCUUCAUCAAGAGUUUCCAGGCACUGCCAUAUGUUGCACUGCUCAUUUUACUCCUUUUCUUCAUUUAUGGAGUUGUGGGCAUGCAGGUAUUUGGAAAGAUUGCACUGGACUUUGAAAACACCCACAUUCACCGGCACAACAACUUCCAGACUUUCUUCCAGGCAGUGAUGGUGUUGUUCAGAUCAGCAACAGGUGAGGCGUGGCAAGAGAUCAUGCUGUCGUGCCUCCCGCCUGACGCUGGCUGUGAUCCCAACUCUGAAGACUCUGCCGCCAAGACCUGUGGUUCCAUGGUGGCUUACCCAUAUUUCAUCUCCUUCUACACCCUCUGCUCCUUCUUGAUCAUUAACCUGUUCGUGGCUGUCAUCAUGGACAACUUUGACUAUCUAACCCGUGACUGGUCCAUCCUCGGGCCUCACCACCUUGACGAGUUCAUCACACUGUGGUCGGAGUAUGACCCAGAUGCCAAAGGCCGCAUCAAACAUCUUGAUGUGGUCACUCUUCUCAGGAAAAUAUCACCGCCGCUCGGUUUUGGAAAAUUGUGUCCAUAUCGAGUAGCCUGUAAGCGACUUGUGGCAAUGAACAUGCCACUCAACACUGAUGGGACUGUGAUGUUCAAUGCCACGCUAUUUGCACUGGUCAGAACAUCAUUAAGAAUCAAGACAGAGGGGAAUAUUGAUGAUGCCAACGAGGAACUUCGAGCCAUCAUCAAGAAGAUCUGGAAGCGAACCAACCCUAAGCUACUGGACCAAGUGGUGCCACCUGUCGGAAUUGAAGAUGAUGUCACGGUUGGGAAGUUCUACGCAACCUUCCUCAUCCAGGACUACUUCAGGAGGUUCAAGAAGAAGAAGCAGGAGAUCAAGGAGCAGAUUGACAAGGAUGCCUCCAACACAGUCACUCUGCAGGCAGGUCUGAGGACGCUGCACGAAGCCGGCCCAGAGCUGAAGCGCGCCAUCUCGGGUAACUUGGAUGAGAUGCGUGACGAUGACAUUCCCACGCACCGGCGUAACCACUCCUUGUUCGGAUCCGUCUGGUCUUCUAUGAGAGUCAAAGGUCUGCAGCGGACUCGGUCGCUCCGUGUCAACUCUGGCCAGCACUCCAAGACGGGUAAAAUCUUGCACCCAGUAAUUCUGAAGGUCAACAACCAAAUAAUGAACAUGGUGAGACCGCCGAUCUCCCCCACCAACUCACUCUCCUAUUCUCCCGCUCACUCCAACGAGAAGACAGCGCUCAACCACACCCUUCACCGACCACCAACUCCCCUUGAGAGCUCUCAGUCUCUUGGGGAGGAUGAGGAGGGGAUCCCCAUGCGGCCCCUCAGGAUCAUGAAUGGAGAUCCAGAACGCAGAUCCAACCUGGUUAUUAAAGACCUGAGUGACGAGGAGUUGAGUGAGGGGCCACAGCCACCCACGCCACCUCCCCGUCGCACCUCCACCAACUCGUGGGGUCUGGGCUGCAUCGGGCGGCAGGACGCUCAGUCCCGGAGCUUCAGCAACAUCGCGGACGGGUUGCGUCUGGCCCAUGCACAGGCAUUAGCUGUGGCCGGCAUCGUCCACCAGACCUCUUCCUCUUCUGGCUCAGCCCCGUUCAGGCGAGGCCUCCGGGCCUCCUUCCAUGGCCGAGCGACCUCUCACAGUGAGAGCAAUGGGAGCUUGCCUGGGGGUGACCGCCACUCCCAGAGUGUGCCCAGCAGUCCCAGGAGUGUUUCCAGACCAUAUUCCGAGGUGGUGGGCUCCGCAGAAAGUCUAGUUGGUCGGGUGUUGGCUGACCAAGGUUUGGGGAAAUACUGUGAUCCUGACUUUGUACGCACAACUUCGAGGGAGAUAGCAGAGGCCUUAGAGAUGACCUCUGAGGAGAUGGACCGUGCAGCCCACAAUAUCCUGUCGGCCUCCCAGCAGGAACUGACCUCUGAGGAGGCCUCCUCUGAUCGCCCUCUGAGGGAGAGAGGCUCCCGGGGGCCUGUCAGACGUCAGAACCAAGAUUCCUCAUAUGACCAUCAAUCACCCUUAUAGAAGUAAUGUGUGCAUUAGCAUCCUGAUCUGUUAUAUGGUGGUUCAUCUGUGUGUUCAAUCAUUCUCUUCCAGCCUUUUUUAAUAUAUAUACAUAUAUACAUAUAUAUAUAUUAAUGCCCUGUGGCACUGCCUGGAGGCCUCGUGAAGAAGCCUCCCAGUGGGCAGUGCCAUGAGGGGCAAGAGUCGUGCUGCAGCAGAGGACCUCCCCGCCACACCCACCCCAAGGCCACCUCUGCUCCGGGAGGCACCACUCUGGGCUCACCAGCAAAAUAAGGCUUGCUAAAGUUGUUUGUUGGAAGGCAAGAGGAUAAGAGGAGGCCAUGUGUUGUCAAACAUGACAUUGUCAAGGUGACUUCCUUUCCUUCUCAGAGGGAAAACUUCAAAACUGUGGAAGCCUCACAAACACUGCUGAACUGUUAACUACAGCCUCCGACAGUCGGCUGAAUGUACAACCUUGCCAUGCUAGCAUGCAGUUGGAUGAGCUCACAUGUGUGGGACAACAGAGAAUAAUUAAAAUCUGGUUUUGUUGGUUCCUUAGUCUGGUUUAAAAAGAUUCACAUGUAGCUUUUGGGAGAUCUAAUGAGUCUGGAGUUCCCUCAAGUAUUGCACAUGAGGGAAGUCACUGGACACGUGGCUCCUGGCCAGCAGGACGCAGGCUCUGAGCACACUCGGGCGCCACACACAUGCACGCACGCACGCACAGGUCAUAUUCCCUCAUAAUCCUCAGGCUAUGAGAACCAGCACGUGGAUAAAACCAUUGCUGUAUAACCUCUACACAUUUGAGUAGGGGUUAACUUAUUAACCCAAAGUGCCUCUCUCAAUUGUGAUAACCUGUUGUUAUUUCCUCUCAAGUUUCAAUGAAAGGUACAGAAGUCAUGUUGCGUCAUCCAUAAUUAUUGUAUCUCUAGCUUUCCUUUUCUCUUAGGGAUUACAACUUUUCCAUGAUUUUUUAGUUGUUUCCUGAGUUAUAUCCUGAGCCAGCCGGCUGGAAGCUGGUGUUUGGCCUGCAUAAUUUUCAAAUGUGGGUCUUUGUUACUGUAUUGUUGUAGCAGAGUAGCGAUAUCAUCCUGUGAUCCUAGAAACACGCGUGAAUACUUUUUAUCAGAACAAAACACACUACUUAGCCCAGUUACUAAGGUUUAUGCCAUUGUAAAGUAAAUUGAUAAAAGUUUUCAGUUAAAAAUUUGAAGUUCAAUCAGUUUAACCAAAAGAGCAAACAAAAGAUCAUGCAGGAGGAGCACAACAGACUAGGGCUUGUGAUAAGAGUUUUCUCCCUAAGUAAGUAGUAUGUCACUUGUACUGGGAAUGAAGUGUAUGAGCCAGGGAAGCUCAGAAGAAGCAGAACUCUAUCAGGACAUUGAGACCAACCUUCAGCAUAAUGUUGUGCCCCCUGUGACCGGGCUCAGUGGUGUGUGGAGAGGGCGGUGUCUCCAGUUUUGUUUACCUCUGGGAGGCCGAGUGAGGCUGGAUGGGUUUUGCACCCGCUGUUGUCUGAUUGGUAUUCAUAUUUGGAAAAGCAAGAUAUGGAAUCUUGUUUUUUAAUUUUACAUUUGUUAUGAUGUAUAAAUUCCUUUUAGAUGACUCCGUAGGACUGUUAGUUUUAUUAAAAGAAUAUAAAGUUCGUUGUAAUGUUCAUAGACAUAUUUUUUACCUCAGUGUUGGAGAUUUUGGAAAAUAAGGGAGAGAAGCUAAAUUAUUCUAUUGAUCAUUAAUCCUAAGAAACUUAAAUAUGAUAUGUUUGAACUUUUUUCUUCUGUGGCUCUUACAAAAUUGAUAUACAAUAAUUUUCUUGUCUCUUACACUUGAGAACUGGCAUGUGUACUAUUGCUAUAGAACACUUGGUAAAGGCAUGCACUAAUCAAUUGAGAAUAAAUUCAAGGCAAUUUGAAUCUUAUCAGUUUAAUUUUUCUCCCCCAUAUAUUUCAAAUUCUCUGUGUUAGUGGUUGGGACGUGGUGGUGGCGGUGUGGCAUUGGCCUCAUGUGCCCCCACCCCUCCUUCAACCAUCUGUUUUGUGUCCCAGAAGAGGAUCAGAAACACCCCAGUAAGUCUCUUCACAGGCAGCAGGUGAAGCAAGUCCUCUCGUCUGGAGAACCUUUUAGAUGGAAGUUGAAAAGUGAGAUUUUACCGACAAUAUUUAUCGAUGAUAUUGCAGAUGCAUUUUUAUCAUGAUUAUAGUUAGCUUAUAUUCAUUAUGUUACUUUAAUUUCCUUUGGUAAUUCAUUAGCUUGUAAAACAACUUAGGUUAACAAAUACAUCUUCCAAGGUCUCUGGUGCUUCAUGACUUACUCGCAUUCUGUUCCCACAUAAAUAAUGACCAAGCAACCUUUGCUGUUGACAGUUAAAUAUCAGAUAACUUUUGACAGGCCAUUCUGGGAUACAGUUGUGUUAUAAAAUUAUAUAAAAAUAUGUAACCUUUCAUGUUGACUACUUUGUUGAGCUGUGUUGGGCAGGGAGAGAGGUGGGCCAGCACCAGGCUUGGCCCCCUCUUAUCCCCCUGAUGCUGAAAGAUAUAUAGAGUCACAUUACCCAAGCUUGCUAUGGCAUAUUAUAAGAUAUUUUACAUUUCUAAUUAAUAAAGCUAGAAUUUAUAAAUCUGUACAAAAACUCCUCAGACUGUAUAUAUCUUUAGCAUUCCCAUAGGUCUUACGUUCCUUUAUCACCACAAACUGUAAAAAGGAUUCACUUGCUCCCCUCGUGUGAGUGCAGGAGAGGCUGGUUUGGCAGAAGCUUAUGAAUGGAUCACUCACCCUACAGACACUUCAGGUGGGGGAGUUUCCUCUCAACGUCGAUGUCUGAAGUGCUUUAUCGAGUUUUGUUACAAGAGAAGCAUCACCUCACACACCACAUCAGGCAACCCAGAGAUGCAUCAAACAGGUGUUCUUCAUGUUCUGCACAAACAGACGCACGCUCCACCACCGUCAGUACCUGCCUCGGAACGAUCCCGAUGUUUUUUCUGGCAUUUUUGACUAAAGUCUGCCGCCAAAAGUAUUAAGUAAGGAAGUUCCCACUUUAGGGACUCGGCACGACACCUGUGAUGCAUCCGAGUUGCUCCUCUCGGCAGAAGGGUUAUGAGGCCCUUUUGUCGCUUUUUUAUGCCACCACGAACUGUUUUGAGUUUUGACAACAACAUCGGCUCACCUCCACCUGGAGUUCCGUGGACUCUGUCGUACAGCUAUUGCAAUUUGUUUAUAGAUUGACUGGUGAACAAGAGUGAACCACCAGCUCUGUACAGUGACAACAGGCAAGGCCAUUUAGUGACCCAACUUGCAGAGUGGCCACAUUUUUUACAGUAGUUUUUAUAUGAGGUCAGUAUUAGAUGUGGAAAAUAAUAAUCUUUUUUUCUUUUUUUCCUACCAAGGAGUAAGUAGCACAAUGUAAACCUUUACAUAUAAAAAGUGACAAUAUGUCUUACUGCACAAACAUUGUUAUUGUGGAAAUAUUUGUAUGUAUCUCAAGGUGAAUUGUAGUCACCACAGGAUAGUGGGGACUUAUUUUCUACAUAAUUUUACUACUUCAUCUACUUGUAAUUAAAACACAUAUACUGGGAGAAAAACAAUGCUGUUGUGAGUUGCCAUCCCCCAAUGGUGGAGGCGGCAGCUCAGCAGUGACCUUUUGUAAUAAUGAAUUUCUCUGAGAGCGACUGUGUGCUCCCCACCCACCCUGCCGCUGGGAGCACCCAAGUACCCGACAUGUGUUGGCAAAGACCUUUAUGGUUUAUUUCCCAGCAAACUUUAUCUCCAUUUGCAGGCGCUCUGUCGACUUUUUAAUAUGUACUGUGUAUCAUUUGUUGAAUAUUCGUAAAGAAGCUCAACUUGCAGAGCGCUGAAUGCCGCCGGACUGCGGCUCCCUCGAUCUGCUUCCACGUUCUUCCCUUGAAGUUCUUGAUCAUUAUUUCACCCACCUGAGACACUGUUCCCUUACUUUACCAAUACACUUUUCAAUUCUCACUCUCAUCCAAAAGAUAACUUUGUUUUGCUUGUUAUGUGUAUGUUUGAUCCAGAACUGUGUGGGAGGAACAAUCACAAGUUUACAUUUGCCAAUUCUCGUCAUAAUUUAUACAGUGUUGUAGCAGUUCUCAUUUGGAAUAAAAGCCUAACCUUGUAAUAA